AUGUCUCAACUUCCAUCUGUUUCGAUCAAACCAGUAGCAGAAUUUCGUCCUCAUGCGGAAGUGGGAGCAAGCCUUGCCACCCGUUGGAACGACUGGCUGGGUGAUUUCGAAAUGUUUUUGGUAGCUAGUGGAAUUACUGAUAACACACGUAAACGCGCACUGCUGUUGUAUCAAGCAGGACCGAGAGUCAGAGAAAUUUUUAAGAAUUUAACCGAUGCUGGUGAAGCAGAUGACUUCGACUCUGCGAAGGCUAAACUAACCGAGUAUUUUGAACCUCAAAAGAAUCGGCGGUAUGAAGUUUAUAGAUUUAGACAAGCAACUCAAGCACAACAAGAAACUCUUGAUCAGUUUCAUACCCGUCUAAGAACUAUGGCUCACAUGUGUGAAUUUCACGAUGUCGAAUUUGAAAUAGAAGAGCAAAUCAUCAUAGGAGGGACGUCAUCAAAAAUUCGGAAAAGGGCACUGCGAGACCCCAAUUUUGAUUUAAAGGCCAUGCUGUUAGAAGGUCGCAGGGACGAACAAAGUACACUACAAGUCAAGGAAAUUGAGUCUAAGGAUAAAAAUUUUGCUGAAGCUAAUAAGCUCACAACACGCCAUACACAGGGCCCAUUAAAGUGUUUCAGUUGUGGAGGAUCAUAUCCACACACAGGGACUUGCCCUGCAAAGGGUAGAGAGUGUAAAAUGUGCAACAAACAAGGCCAUUUUGCAAAUGUUUGUCGUGAGAAAACUUCAGGCAACAAAUUUCGGCAACAAAGGGGCCCUCGCAACCAAAACAGAAAACCAAAGACCGUGCAUUCUUUGGACAAUACACCGUGCAUGCUUUUGAAAAUAUGCCAUCAUCAGAUGAGGAUUAUUUGUAUGCUGUCAAUAACGGACAUUCCAAAAGCCCUAAAGUCGCUGUAA